UGAAGAUGGCGUGCUCAAGAUUUCCCCUUUGGGAUGGCCCACCAGGGCGCCAGGCAGUGGAAGAUGGCUAUGAUGCUGUGCUUAAUAAUUUCUUUCUUGCCAUGGCUUGUCAUCACUAGUCGUUCAUUGUCGAUUCCAUUCCUCUUCUCUUUGCUUCGUCAUUGUUGUCUCUGAGCCAUAUAAACAGACAUAAUCACAACCAGUGUCGGCUUGAGACCAGUUCAUCCAAUAUCACAUCUUCAAAGCAUCACCACAAUGCCUGCUAAAAUCCCUUCACACUACCCCUUGGACCAAGAGGUCAACGAGACCGAAUCUGGCUAUGCAAGUGCCUCCUCUAGUGAAGCCAGCCUGCCAGAGGUCGUCUUCACCAAGGCCCACCUUCAAUUUUUGAACCGGCAGUUGCAAUUCCUUGAGCCUCAAGAUGUCUUGAGAUGGUGCAUUACCACUCUUCCCAACCUUUACCAGACCACUGCCUUCGGUCUUACUGGAUUAGCCAUCACCGACAUGCUCUCAAAGCUCAAUGUGCCCCGUCCACAAGUAGUCGACCUCAUCUUCUUGGAUACUCUUCAUCAUUUCAAAGAGACUCUUGCUCUUGUUGACCGUGUCCGCCAACGCUACCCCAACCUCAAUGUUCACGUCUAUAAGCCAUUGGGCGCAGAGACGGAAGAAGAAUUCGCCCAAAAGUACGGUGAACGCCUCUGGGAGGCCAACGAUGAGCGGUACGACUGGCUCGCCAAGGUGGAGCCUGCUCAACGUGCAUACCGCGAACUCAAGGUCGAUGCAGUCUUGACCGGUCGCCGACGAAGCCAGGGAGGCAAACGCGGCGACUUGGAUGUCCUCGAGAUUGACGAAGCCGGCCUUAUCAAAGUGAACCCUCUCGCCAACUGGAGCUUUGACCAGGUCCGUCAAUAUAUCAAGGACAACAACGUUCCGUACAACGAACUCCUUGACAAAGGCUACAAAAGCGUGGGCGAUUACCACUCCACCAAACCCGUCAAGGAAGGCGAAGACGAGCGUUCCGGUCGCUGGCAAGGUCAAGCCAAGACUGAGUGUGGUAUUCACAAUCCACGAUCCAAGUAUGCCCAAUUCUUGGCAGAAAUGGAGCGCAAGCGACAAGAAGAGGCUCUCGCUCAAGCCCUGGAGAACGUUCAAGUGACCGCGGCUGAUGCUUGAAACGGGGCUUCCCUUACCACAUAAUGUAAUCCUGACAUGACUUUAAAAAGCACUGGCGUUAGAGCAUAUGAUGCGGCGUUAUUGGGUUUAUUUUGAGCGAUACCUGGCAUGAUCUGAUUAUAGAUCUCUUUUCUUGUUUUAAUGUACAUAGUUGAUCGACUGCCACCAUGAUGAAUGUCAAAAACAAAGUU